UAGCAGAUUACGUUCGUUGAUGUUCACUUUACAGGAAGACACUAUGCCCAGUCGAAGAUUCGUGGUCGCAGAAUUUUCCGAUGGAAUCCAGGUAAUACCAAAAAUAUGGCUGCAAAGUGGAGAUGUGUGUAAAUAUCCAUCGCACUACAAAACGGAUAAGAGGAUUAGAAAAGCAGUAGAAAGAGAGGAAGUUCCAGAUAUUGAUUGGACCUCUCAUACAAUUAUACGGACAUUUGGCGAAUAUUCAACUUUACAAAAAGCUAUUGGAAAAGCGGAAAGGGCCGUUUACACGUCCGACAUGGAUACUGAGAAGGAGACGAAAGAAUCUAGAAGACACAGAGCGAGGAAAGUGAUAUACUCAUCCGAUGACGAAGAAGAGGAUUGCGCGUUGAAUAUUAUCGUUCCACCUGCACCGUGUGCUCCUGCAAAAGAUAAUGAUGUUAAAAGCCCUAAUACCAACAGCGGUACCAACAGCACCUCUAGGCGCUACUCCUCGCACUGA